AUGACAAUAAAAGAAAAGUUGUCAAAUUUGGUUCGCCUCCCAAAACAAACCAAAGAAGGUUACAACGUUCUUCUCUACUCAGUUCGAGAUACAGAUUACACAAAACUAGUUUUCAGCGACGCCGUGAAAGCUUUUUGCAUGUACAACGAUUGCGUUUUAUCCGAAGACGGAUUAUCGGAAGGUUACGUCGUCAUUUUCGAUAUGAAAGGGGUCGCUUUAGGACAUUUAGCAAGAGUUAGCCUCCCAGCGUUAAAAGCUUUCAUGGUUUACAUCCAAGAAGCUCAUCCAGCCCGAUUAAAAUUAAUCCACGUUUUAAACACUCCAAACUUCAUAAAUCACGUGAUGCGGAUUGUUUUACCUUUGGUAAAAUCGGAAUUAUUAUCAAUGGUAAAAUUUCAUAAAGGAAGAGUCCCAGAUGGAUUUCCAGUCGAGUUGAUGCCCUUAGAAUAUGGAGGUGCAGCCCCUAGCAUAGAAGUAUUAGACGCAACCACGAAGAGUAUGACACACAAAUAUAUAGAUUGGUUAAAAGACACAGAAAAGUUCCGUGUUGAUGAAUCAAAAAGGCCGAAAAAACCGUCAUGGUGGUCUAUUUUUGGUUCGACCACUACUACUCAGCAAAGUCAAAAUGAAUUAACGAUCGAGCAACAAAAGGAAAACUUUUUUAAGAAUCUGCAAAUCGAUUAGAAUAAUUUAGCGGAAGAAAGAGGAUAAAUAAUAAUUAUAUCUCGGUGAGAUAAUGAUUUUCUCGAUUAGAGUAGUAUUAUUUUUUGUAUAUUUUUGUUGUAUAAAGAGGUUUUCGUUUAGAUAAUAAAGAAUGUAUUUGAAGAAGAAGAAUUAAUAAAAGAAAAAUGAACCUAAAGAGCUGAAAGAAGAACUCCUUUUAAG